AUGCAGAAUUGGGCUCAAAGGCUAGAGCGUGAGAUUGAUGGAGUGAUGAAGAUAUUUGGCGAUGUUAAGCAGCUCAGACAGAUCUAUGAUGAGAAGAAGAAUUUAUUUGAAGUAAGAGACAACAUCCCUGAAAAAAUCGUGGAGAAAGUGGCAGGAGACAUUGAAAGUCUCUUGGCCAAGAAAGUCCAAGCUUUAAAGAGGCUGGCUGAUGCGGCAGAGAAGUUUCAGAAGGCCCAUCGAUGGCAAGACAACAUUAAGGAGGAAGAUAUUGAAUAUUAUGACUCCAAGGCUGAUACAGAAUAUGAUGACCCAGAAGGGGAAGAGGUUGAAAGAGAGAAAUCUAAUUCCUUGAAGUUGGAAUUCACAGAUGAUGAUAACUUCAAAACCAAAGUUAAUUACUCAUAUGCAGCUGUACAGAUACCUACAGACAUCUACAAAGGCUCCACUGUAAUUCUCAAUGAACUGAAUUGGACAGAAGCCUUAGAGGAUGUGUUUGUGGAAAACCGAAAAGAAGACCCGUCUCUGCUGUGGCAAGUCUUCGGCAGUGCUACAGGGGUAACCCGCUUCUAUCCAGCCUCCCCAUGGAGAGCCCCCAAUAAGAUUGACCUGUAUGAUGUCCGAAGAAGGCCUUGGUACAUUCAAGGGGCCUCAUCUCCAAAAGACAUGGUGAUCAUUGUGGAUGUGAGUGGCAGCGUCAGUGGCCUGACACUGAAGCUGAUGAAGACCUCCGUCUAUGAUAUGUUGGACACCCUCUCAGAUGAUGACUACGUUAAUGUUGCUUCUUUUAACCAAAAGGCACAACCUGUGUCCUGCUUCAAACAUUUGGUCCAAGCUAAUAUCCGCAACAAGAAGGUCUUCAAAGAGGACGUAGAAGGAAUGGAGGCCCAAGGAACCACAGAUUAUAAAGCUGGCUUUGAAUAUGCCUUUGAGCAACUGCAAAAUUCCAAUAUCACAAGAGCCAAUUGCAAUAAGAUGAUCAUGAUGUUUACUGAUGGAGGAGAAGACAGAGUGCAAGAUGUUUUUGAGAAGUAUAAUGGACCCAACAAGACGGUACGAGUAUUCACCUUUUCUGUUGGACAGCAUAACUAUGAUGUCACUCCCCUGCAGUGGAUGGCUUGUGCUAAUAAAGGUUAUUAUUUUGAAAUUCCUUCCAUUGGCGCUAUCCGAAUCAACACUCAGGAAUAUCUCAAUGUCCUGGGAAGGCCCAUGGUCUUGGCCGGAAACAAAGCGAAGCAGGUUCAAUGGACUAAUGUCUAUCAGGAUGCUUUAGCCCUGGGUUUAGUGGUAACAGGCACUCUGCCUGUAUUUAACCUCACUGAUGAUGGUCAGUCUCACGGGAGCAGUGAAUGGAAGAACCAGCUCAUCCUGGGUGUUGUGGGGAUUGAUGUGGCUCUAAAUGAUAUCAAGAAGCUGACACCGCGAUACAAUUUGGGGGCUAAUGGCUAUGUAUUUGCUAUUGACUUGAAUGGAUAUGUAUUGCUACAUCCAAACCUGCGACCUCUGAUCAUCAAUUUUCAAGAAGCUGUAACCCUGGAUUUCCUUGAUGCUGAACUAGAGGAUGAGAACAAAGAAAGGAUUCGCCGAAGCAUGAUAGAUGGAAAUAAAGAUCAACAAUAUAUUAAGACUCUGAUAAAAUCCCUUGAUGAGAGGUAUGUUGAUAAAGUUCAUAGAACCUACACUUGGGCACCUAUCAAAAGUACAAACUACAGUUUAGGUCUGGUCUUACCGAAUUACAGCAGAUCUUACAUCCAAGCUAAUCUAAGUGACCAGAUUCUCCAGGUGAAGUUACCAAGCAAAUUGAAGGAUUUUGAAUACCUGCUGCCAAACAGCUUUGAGUCCGAGGGACAUGUAUUCAUUGCUCCAAGAGAAUAUUGCAAAGACCUCAACCUGUCGGAUAACAACACUGAAUUCCUGGAAAACUUUAUUGCCCUCAUGGAAAAGGUGACGCCUGACUCCAAACAAUGUGACAACUUCCUUCUUCACAACCUUAUCCUGGACACUGGAAUUACACAACAGCUGGUGGAAACAGUAUGGAAGAAUCAAGAUUUAAGCACAUAUAGUCUUCUAGCUGUGUUUGUUGCCACAGAUGGUGGCAUCACCCGUGUUUUCCCUAACAAAGCUGCUGAAGAUUGGGAAGAAGACCGAGAGCCCUUCAAUGCCAGCUUUUAUCGAAGAAGCCUAGAUAAUAAAGGCUACAUCUUUAAGCCUCCUUACCGAGAUCCCAGCUACAGAGGAGCAGAGCCAGACAGCAGUGCUGUUGGGAUCCUAGUUAGCACAGCUGUAGAACUCAACAUAGCAGAGAGGCAUCUGAAGCCAGCAGUGGUUGGAGUAAAACUUGACUUGGAGGCCUGGACACAAAAAUUUAAAGUCCUUGCUAGCAAUCAAACAGAUCAGCAGAAAACACGACGAUGUGACCUCUCUACAAGCUGUGAGAUGGACUGUGAUACUAAUGACAAGGAUCUGCUUUGUGUGCUUAUUGACGAUGGUGGAUUUCUGGUGAUCUCCAACCAAGAAGACUACAAAUAUCAGGUUGGCAAGUUCUUCAGUGAAGUGGAUGCCCAUUUGAUGUCUGCUCUCUACAACAAUUCAUUCUUCACACAGAAAGAAUCCUACGACUUUCAAUCUGUCUGCGCUCCAGAAGCCCCAAGCAACACAGGAAGUGCACCACGUGGGGUCUAUGUGCCAACCAUGGCAGAUUUCUUGAACCUGGCUUGGUGGAGCUCAGCAGCCGCAUGGUCUCUAUUUCAGCAGUUCUUGUAUGGAUUAGCCUAUAACAGCUGGUUUCAAACAGAGGAUGUUUCAGCAGAAAACAUGGAAUCCAGGGAGACCAGCUGCAUCAUGAAGCAAACUCAAUACUAUUUUAGUUCUGUUAACUAUACUUACAACACCAUCAUUGACUGUGGAAAUUGCUCUAGGUUGUUCCAUGCACAAAGGCUUGCUGGGUCUAAUCUUCUGUUUGUUGUAGCAGAAAAGCCAAUAUGCAAUCAGUGUGAAUCCACAAAACUUCUCCAAGCAGAGAUAAAAGGUAUUGAUCGCAAUCAAUGUGAGCUAGUAGAGAAGCCACGUUACCGGAAAGGUCCCCACGUCUGUUUUGAUUAUAACAUAACUGAAGACACCUCGGAUUGUGGCAGAGGGGCCUCCUUUAGACCUUCCUUGAAUAUCUUGUUAUGCUUGCAGUUACUCCUUCUCUAUUUGACUGCAAGUCACCAUUCGCUGCCCUUGGCAUUUUGCCUUUGAAACGCCCAUUUAGCUUAACCCAUCCUUUUUAUUUUAUGCACAUCAUCAUCCCCUCCAGACUUGCUAGAAGAUGACUUCUGCCUAGUCCCAUCAAUUCUGGCUGCACCUUGGCAUUCACUCAUGAGGAUUGUUGCUUUCUUUACUCAGAAAUCCAGAAGUUGUUCUUGGGUUUUUUUCCCCCUUUUCCUCCAUCAAUCCUUGCCUUUCCAGUGUCUCUGCACAGCAGGUUGUGCUAAAGAGAGAUUUGAGAUGACAAGGGGAAGCAUGGACCACCGUGAUCUUCUCCACACAGGGAACAUUCUUGAGCUUUGAUUCAUUGUUCCCCUUUCCACUCAUUGAGCUGUUGGCCAAAUACAAAGAACAUGGCCCCUUGGUUUUAUGUUUCCAUUGAAUCUAUGGAAUUCUGGGAGACCUUUGUUAGUUUUCUUGUGAAGGACUUUU